AUGCCGCUCGAAUCGACUAUGAUAUGCCUAGACAAUUCGGAAUGGAUGCGCAAUGGCGACUACAUUCCCUCGCGUCUCGAGGCGCAGCACGAUGCUGCCAACUUGCUGUGCGGCACCAAGACGCAGGCCAAUCCGGAGAGCACUGUGGGCGUGCUGGCUAUGGCCGGCAAGAGCGUCCAGGUGCUGGCGUCGCCGACGGACAACAUGGGAACGCUACUGAGCGCCAUCCACCGCAUCAAGAUCGGCGGUUCCAUGAAGCUCGCUAACGCUAUUCAAGUGGCGCAACUAGCUCUUAAGCACCGGCGUAACAAGACCGGCGGCCAGCGCGUCGUGGUAUUUAUCGGCUCGCCCAUUGAGGAGGACGAGAAGCAGCUCACCAAGAUCGGCAAACUGCUCAAGAAGAACAACAUUGCCGUGGACGUGGUGAGUAUGGGCGACCUGGAUGCCAAUGCGGCCAAGUUGCAGGCCUUCGUGGACGCCGCCAGCAGCAACAAUAACAGUCACCUGGUCACGGUGCCAGCAGGCGUGUUGCCUUCGGAUGUGCUGGUGUCCUCACCUGUGCUGCACGGAGACGACGGCGCUGCUGCAGCUGCCAGCAGUGGCGGCGGUGGUGGCAAUGACGCCUUCGCGGAGUAUGGAGGCGUGGACCCAAGCAUGGACCCCGAACUGGCCCUGGCGCUUCGUGUGUCGAUGGAAGAGGAGCGUGCGCGACAGGAAGCGGCUCAGAAGCGCGCGGCGGAAGCGGAGGCUGCUGCGUCGGCGCCUGCACCCGCACCUGAGCCGGCUGCACCAGCCACGGAAGCUGCGUCAGCACCGACAGAGCCCAAGCAACCUACACAGAUGUCAGCGGCCGCGACUGCAGCGGCCGCUUCGACCGACGCAUCGUCACCCCCACCGGCGCCAGCACCAGCAUCCAACUUGCCCUUCAUGGACCCCAAGUUCGUCAACUCGCUGCUGUCCGGUCUACCUGGUGUGGACCCGAACGACCCCAAGAUCCAGGCUGCAAUGGCACAGAUGGCCAAGAAGGAUGACAAGAAGGAUGGCGAUGAAGAAAAGAAAGAGGACAAGUAG